AUGGGACAGGCGAUAUAUCGUCCGAGGAAGACAGCCGACAUUGCUUCGCACGACAAGAGCGAGCUGGGUGAGCUGAUCGACAUGUAUCACACCCGACAGGCUACCCUAGUGCAUGACAAGGUGUUCGCCUUGUUGGGCAUGAGUACCACCGACCCACCACAAAAGACAUUCCUAGACUAUUGGGUUGGUUGGGAUGUUGUUCUCAAGCAGGUGGAAAAGUCUCUAUUCGGUGCAUUAGUGUGGCUGAGAUACAAGGAAAUGGCCAUGUACUGGGCAAAGUAA